AUGAUUAGAAUAUUGAGAUCUAAUAGAGUUGCUAGAGUGCUUCCAAUAAGGCUUUACUAUUCAUCGCAACAUAUAGGUUCAAAUGCUAUAGUUAAUGACAAUCAAAUAGAAUCAAAGAUCCUUACAAAAGCAGUAGAAUAUAUACCACAAUAUGGAUUUGAUUCAAGAGCCAUAACUAAAGCGGUACACGACUUAAAGUACUCCGAUUCAUCAAUCUCAAUCUUGACAGCCCAACCGCUGGGUCAUUCUUUACCCUUUCAGCUUAUGCUCCACUAUUUGAAGUUGAAGCGUCAAGAAUUGGAAAAAUUCGCUAGUACAAGUAUAGACCCCAAACUUUCGCAAGGUGAAAAAUUGAAGAAAUUGAUAACUCAGAGACUAUUGUACAAUGAGCCGAUAAUUGGGAAAUUGAGUCAAGGUUUGAGCUAUUUGAUAGUGCCCUACAACAUAAGCUCCUCCCUUGAAGAGUUGUUAAAUCUAGGUGAUGAUUUGGCGUUCUUUGCUGGCGACGAGUCAAAUGACUUUGCAUGGUAUUCGAAAAGAGCUGCUAUUUGUUCUAUUUAUGUGAAAAGCGAGCUAUUUAUGUUGGGAGAUACUACUCAAGAUUUCACAACAACUAAAGAGUUUGUAAACAAGAGAGUAGAUGAGUUUGAAAAAUUGGGUAAUGCGAUAAAUGAUACCGAACAAUGGGUUGGAUUCCAGGCAAUUAGUUUGUUGAAUUUGAUCAAAUCCCAGUUGACAAGGGGAUAA